AUGCAGUGCUACACAGAGCUCACGCCGCCGACGGCCGUCACGCACUCGCUCGCCCUCCCUCUGACCUCGCCGCGUGCCAACAAUCUGAUCGUGGCCAAGUCGUCGCUGCUGCAGGUCUUCACCACCAAGGUCGUGUCAGCCGAGCUAGACGCGCCGCCCGACGCGUCGUCCACAUCGCAGGCUCCCUACGCCUCGGCAACCAACUUUGACAGCCGCAUCGCCAACGACGACAACGGGCUGGGACUCGAGACGUCCUUUCUUGGCGGGGACUCGAUCCUGCUUCGCGCUGACCGUGGAAGCAUCUCGAAGCUAGUCCUCGUGGCCGAGUUUCCGCUCGCCGGCACGGUCACUGGCCUGGCCCGCAUCAAGAUCCCCGGCACCAAGUCGGGCGGCGAGGCCGUCUUGGUCGCCCUCAAGGACGCGAGGCUGAGCCUGCUCGAGUGGGACCCAGACCAAAACGACCUCACGACCAUCUCGAUCCACUACUACGAGCAGGAGGAGCUGCAGGGCGCGCCGUGGGCCGCCCCGCUGAGCGACUAUGCCAACUUCCUCGUGGCCGACCCGGGCAGCCGCUGUGCAGCUCUCAAGUUCGGCGCCCGCAACCUGGCCAUCCUGCCCUUUCGCCAGGCCGACGAAGAGGAUGUCGACAUGGACGACUGGGACGAGGAGCUGGAUGGACCGCGGCCUGCAAAAGAUCCCUCCUCGGCGGCUGUUGUCAGCGGCCCUGGCGACGGCAUUGAAGACACCCCAUUUGCUCCCUCCUUCGUCCUGCGGCUCUCCAACCUCGACACCACCCUCCUCCACCCGGUCCAUCUGGCCUUUCUGCACGAGUAUCGCGAGCCGACGUUUGGCAUUCUCUCGUCCUCGGUGUCCACGUCUGCCGUCAUCGGCCGCCGCGACAAGCUCUCGUACCUGGUCUUCACGCUGGACCUACAGCAGAAGGCAUCUACUACCAUCCUCUCCGUCGCCAACCUGCCGCAGGACCUGUUCCGCGUUGUCCCCAUUCCGUCACCGAUCGGAGGCGCCAUUCUUGUCGGCGCCAACGAGCUGAUUCACAUCGACCAGUCUGGUAGAGCCAAUGGCGUGGCUGUGAAUCCCUUCACCAAGCAGAGCACGUCGUUUGGCCUGGCCGACCAGUCCGAUCUGGCCCUCCGUCUGGAAGGCUGCACGGUUGACGUGCUGUCUGCCGAGGCGGGCGAGCUGCUGAUUGUGCUGCACGACGGGCAGCUGGCCGUCCUGACCAUCCGCGUGGACGGCCGUACGGUGUCCGGCCUGAGCGUGAAGAUGGUCCGCAGGGAAGCCGGGGGUGAUGUGAUCCAAUCUGGCAUUACUUGCCUCAGCCGCAUCGGUCGCCAAAUGCUCUUUGCCGGAAGCGACCAGGCCGACUCUGUGGUGCUGGGCUGGUCGCGAAAGCAGGGCCAGACAGCGCGGCGCAAGCCUCGUGCCAACAGGGCCGGCCUCGAUCUCGGAGCGGACGAAGAAUACUUUGACGACGAGCGGGAAGAGGGCGAGGAGCUGGACGACGACGAAGACGAUGAUGAUCUUUACGGAGACGGUCCAUCGGCCGCACAGACGCUCGGGAUCGACAAUACGACCGGACGGGGUGGCGACGACCUGAGCUUCCGGAUCCACGACCGGCUGCUGAGCAUCGCACCCAUCCGCGACAUGGUCAUCGGCAAGCCAGCACUGGUUGGGGAACUUGCCAAGCGGAGCGAUCAGGCCACGAUUCACAGCGAGCUCAACCUGGUAUGUGCUGUUGGAAGCGGACGGGCCGGGGCGCUGGCGCUGCUGAGCCGCGAGAUCAACCCCGAUCCUCUCGGGGCGUUUGAGUUUGCCGAGGCGCAGGCUCUCUGGACGGUGUCAUCCUCAAAGCCGAUUCCCAGGACGAUACAGGGCGAGAAGGGUGGUGCGACAGUGGGCGAGGACUACGAGUCGCCGGCUAUGCACGACAAGUACAUGAUCGUAGCCAAGGAAGACGACGACGGAUUUGAGACGUCAGAUGUGUAUGCAGUGACUGCUUCGGGCUUCGAGACGCUCAAGGGCACUGAGUUUGAGCCUGCUGCAGGCUUCACGGUCCAAGCCGGAACGAUGGGGCGGAACAGGCGGAUCAUCCAGGUGCUCAAGUCCGAGGUGCGCUGCUAUGACGGCGACCUCGGGCUGUCGCAAAUCCUGCCAAUGGUCGACGAGGACACCGGGGCAGAGCCGCGGGUGUUGUUUGCCAGCAUUGCCGAUCCGUAUCUGCUGCUGAUCCGAGAUGACGCAAGCGUGCUGGUGGCCGAGAUGAACAAGGACUUUGAGCUGGAGGAGCUCGAGAGGGACGACGGAAGCCUUGCGUCGACCAAGUGGGUGGCCGGCUGUCUCUACCACGACACCGCCUCGGUCUUCUCGAAGACGAGCAUCCUGGCCUUCCUGCUCAGUGCCUCAGGGACGUUUUACAUCUACGCUCUUCCCGACCUCAAGCAGCCCGUGUAUGUGGCCGAGGGACUCAACUACGUCCCUCGGCUGUUUCUGCCAGACCACACAGUGAGACGGGGGAUGGCUAAGGAGCCGUUGACAGAAAUCCUGGUUGCCGAUCUCGGAGACGCAGUGUCGAAAGCGCCGUACCUCAUUGUCCGCCAUGCCAACGACGACCUGACAAUCUACCAGCCGCUCCGAACGCCGUCUUCAUUGGGCAGUCUGUCGGAGAGCCUCCGGUUCCUGAAGGUGCCGAACCCAGUAUUUGCAAAGAGUCCAGUCUCUAUCUCGUCGGACGACGCGUCGUCGCAGCUUCGAGCGAUGCCGUUGCGUGUCUGCGAGAAUAUUGGCGGCUAUAGCACAGUGUUCUUGCCGGGUUCGUCGGCCAGCUUCGUGCUGAAGUCGGCCAAGUCGCAGCCGCGGGUGGUCAGCCUGCAGGGCACAGCGGUCCGGAGCCUGAGCCCCUUCCACACAGAGAGCAGCGAGCGCAGCUUCAUCUACGUGGACGUUGAGGGGUCGGGACGGGUGUGCAGCAUGCCAGCAGGCUGGAACCUGACGGAGCUGGGCGUGUGCGCGCGCAAGGUGGCGCUGGACACGGACGCCAACGCGUUAGCAUACCACCCACCGACGGGAACGUAUGCCGUCGGGACCAGCGCGCUGGAGGCGUUUGAGCUGCCCAAAGACGACCCGCACCGGGCAGACUGGAACAAGGAGAGCACGGCGUUCCGGCCUCUGGCCGAGCGGGGACGGCUGCUGCUGAUGAGUCCGGGCAGCUGGAGCACGAUCGACACGGUGGAGAUGGAGCCGUACGAGGUGGUCAUGUGCGUGAAGACGCUGAACCUGGAGGUGUCGGAGGCGACGAACGAGCGAAAGCAGCUGGUGGCAGUGGGCACGGCCAUCUCGCGCGGCGAAGACCUGGCAAUCCGCGGACGGGUGUACGUCUUUGACGUGGUGUCGGUGAUCCCGGAGCCGGGACGGCCGGAAACGAACCGGAAGCUGAAGCUGAUCGCCAAGGAGGACAUUCCACGCGGCGCGGUCACGGCCGUGUCUGAAAUCGGCACGCAGGGAUUGAUGCUGGUGGCCCAGGGCCAGAAAUGUCUCGUGCGUGGCCUCAAGGAGGACGGCACACUGCUGCCGGUGGCCUUUAUGGACAUGAACUGUUACGUGACCAGUGCCAAGGAGCUGCCCGGCACCGGCCUGUGUGUCAUGUCAGACGCCUUCAAGGGCGUCUGGUUCACCGGGUACACCGAGGAGCCCUACAAGAUGAUUCUGUUUGGCAAGAGCAACACGCGGCUGCACGCCCUCAACGUCGACUUGCUGCCUGACGGCAAGGAGCUCUUUAUCGUGGUCACCGAUGCGGACGGGAAUCUGCACGUGAUGCAAUUUGAUCCAGAGCACCCCAAAUCUCUGCAGGGACACAUCUUGCUGCACCGGGCCACCUUCUGCACCGGAGCCCACUUCUCGACCCUGUCGCUGCUCCUGCCGUCCACCUUCACGCCGGCCGACCGACCGACAGCCAACGGAGAGACGAACGGGGCCUCCAGCCAGCCGGAAGCGCAGCAGCACCAGCAGCACCAGCUCCUCCUGGGCAGCCCGACCGGUCUGCUGGCCUCACUGGUGCCGCUGUCCGAGUCGGAAUACCGGCGGCUGUCGUCGCUGGCCGGACAGUUGGCCACGUCGCUCACCCAGACGGCCGGCCUCAACCCCAAGGGCUACCGGAUGACGGCCGGAUCGGCGGCAGCAACAUUGGCGCCCGGCGUGGACGCAGCCGUGGGUCGCAGCGUGGUCGACGGAGCCCUGCUGGCCCGCUGGACCGAGUUGGGGUCGGGGCGCAAGGGCGAGAUCGCCGGACGCGUCGGGUUCGCCAGCAGCCUCGAGGUACGGACGUCGCUCGAGGGCGUGCUUGGAUGGUCGCGCAUGGCGUACUUUUAG